GACUUUGAUUUGCCACCUCAUAAAUAAAAAGAACCCCGCCCAAGAGUGAUCAUUCCUAAUGGAUGGGAGUGGCACGAACAUGUGCAAGGCUGUCAACAUUGAAGGUUGUGCAGUGAAGGCCACCUUUUGCUCCAUGGUUUGUGUUGGCGAUUCGGACGACUCUGACACCGAAGGCGGUUUGGGUAACGUGGAGCGAGUUGUUAUGCGGCCACCAGGCCAUUCUGGUAAGGCCAAGCAAGGCCACUUAUGCUUCGAUGCCUCCUUCGAAACAGGAAACCUUGGUCGGGUGGAUUUCAUUACGGAAAAUGAAUAUGACCUUUUCAUUCGUCCGGAUACAAGCAAUCCUCGAGUUCGAUUUUGGUUCCACUUCUCCGUAGAAAAUGUGAGGAAGAAGCAACGAAUCAUUUUUAACGUGGUCAAUUUGAGUAAAAGCAGGAAUCUAUUCCAACAAGGAAUGGCGCCUGUAGUUCGAUCUACCAAUCGUCCCAAAUGGCUGCGAUUACCUUCGAGUCAGGUGUACUACUAUCGGUCGCCAGAACAUUCGAAUAAAGUCGUGCUCUCGUUUGCAUUUGUUUUUGAUAACGAGGAGGAGAGCUUCUAUUUUGCACUCACAUUUCCCUACUCCUACACAAGAUGCAUGACGGUACUGCGUCGAAUUGCCAACGACUACCCCGAUAUUGUGACGAUGAAAUCGCAUUGCCAAACUAUCUCAAAAAGGGAUCUGCCUGUGAUAGAGAUUUGUCAGACGACUUCUUCUACUGCGUUUACUAGCAUUGCAACUGCAACUACUACAACAACAACAACUACUACAACUACAAUUACAACUGCAUCCACUGCUACUUCUAUUGCUAAUGUUAUGACUGAGGAAGACUCUCAAUCGAGAACCAAUGACGACUUAGCCGAAGCAGGAACUCAACCGCAAAUUGGACCAAGCGAGAUGAAACGACAUUCCAUUGCCAUAUUGGGCCGAACUCAUGCGGGAGAUUCAAGUAUUUCUUUUGUUAUGCAAGGUAUUUUGGAGUUCCUAUCGAGCUCUCAUAAGAUUGCCCAAGAUCUAAGGGAACAUCUUGAUUUUCACAUAUUUCCAAUGCUCAACCCCGAUGGGGUCUUUCUGGGCAAUGCCAGGACCACUCUUCUUGGUAUGGAUCUGAAUCGUUGUUGGAACCUUGACAAUCCUUAUAUCGUUGAAACCCAAACCAUCAAAAAGUAUAUUCUACAACUAAGUGAGAACUCAACACUGGACUUCAUAAUGGAUUUUUUCGGUAAUACCACUUUGACUGGUAUGUUUGUUCAGGGGAAUGCCUCAGAUUCCGUAUAUCGCUUUGAACGGCACAUUGUUCUGCCCAAAUUGAUGGCUCAAAACUGUCCCGAUUUCGAGACUGCCAACGUUAUGUACAACGAUGAUCCGGAAAAAGCUGGGACAGCCCGCAGGUUUUUCUGGUCAACCAUCGGAGGGGAAACCAACGUUUAUUCGGUGGAAGUUUCCCAACAUGGAUUCUCCUUAGAGGAUGGAACAAUUCAACCCUACUCAGAGGAAGAUUAUCUGAUUCACGGGCGUCGAAUUAUGAGAUCCUUAUGGGAAUAUUACAAAGUAACCGGAGUUAUCAAGAACAACAUUUCUGCCUUGGAGCUCUCAGGCAGAACCGAUGCCUGUUCUGAAAGUACAAAAGAAUUAGGAUUUUCACUAAUAAGACUGCGAAACAUAUCUGAACAACGACAGAUUUUUUCGUCUCUGGAAUCUCUCAGCUCAGACUCUAGUCUUGGUUCCAAUAAGGAUGAUCUCACCAAAGAAGCUGUUCUACAUUCAAAGACUGAUCUCAAAGACGAUGACAAUGGCUCCUCAGAGUGCAACCAACGGCUCAUGUUCAAUGAAAAUAUUCGUCUCAGGGACAUAAGCUCGUGGAAAGAAGACUAUGAACGAAAUGAAGGACUCGAUUCUCAUCGCAUUUGCCCCAAGAGCAACACAAGUAGGAUGUUAUCUGAGGAUUUUCGAGUCACACAUGUUCCACGGCUGGCAGUGAUUGGCAAGCCCUUAACCACAGGACACGAGAGCUCAGACUUGGCAUUUUCUCCUGAAAACGGUCCAAAUAUGGAACAAAUUGAACGAGAAUCCCUAAGACCAAAUUCAAGAACUGGGAUGCAAUCCAAUAUGGGUCCACAAGACGGCUUCAUGCAGAUUUCCUCGUUAGGAGUGGGGAAAGGAACCGAUUCACUGACAGUCCCCUCUGAAGAAUACAACCUGAACCUUGGACAGCUUCAGUAUAAAAGUGUGGGCGGAGGCGGAAAAGUGGUGACCACUUUUAAAGGGUCAAAUUUCAAGAAACCCACGACACCUACAGAGAAUCGAGCACACCAUUUGGACAUUUACAUCAAACCGAUCAGCUUGCAAAAGGCAGAGCGAACCGACAUGGUGCAAGCGGAACAAAAGCCCGUUUUGAAUAGAAAGCGGAGUAAGAAAAGGAAGAAACCAUCAUCAAAGGCAUUUCAUCCAGAUAUUAUUGUGUCUGACACUCAGUAACGGUAUUUUGCGAUGAAUUUGAAACAUAAGCUGAAAAUAUGAUCAUGCGUUGACCCACGAGACGAACUGAAAAUCAAGCCUGCUCCUCACUCAAAGGCAGGGUAGUAAUAACGAGGUCUAUCAAAAAUAGAAGAGGGUAAGAUGUCAUAAUGUAUUCUGAAUAAUAAGAAUGCAUGUAUUGAUUGGCAUUAAUAGCUUAACUUAAUAACUUAAGGUGUGUGUUACUUUUUCUAUGAACCAAAGCGGAAGGUUUUGAAUCAAAUUGCUUAAGACUCUCACACAAUGAUGGAACUGAUUUUAGUGACCGCUCCUAGACCAUGAUAUCAGGAUGCUUCAAAACAUGAUUUUCAAUUAGAAGUCAAAGAAAUAUGUGCCUACAUCAAAAUUCAAUUUUGCGUUGAUGUUAAGGCAAGACUAAAUUUCUUAGCCCAAACAGCACCAAGAUCGUGAAAAACAAUAAUCAAGCAAUACUUGUCUUAAAACUACCAUGAUACAUGAAUAAUCAAACACAUCAAAAGCAUUUUUUCACCUUUUUAUUACUUGUAAUAAAGUUUCGA